UAUGCACCUAAUGCUAUGAAUUCUCUGCUAUCAGCUGGACAUUUUGAUGACAUUGGUGGCAAGAUCAGCUUCUCAGCAGCCAAGUGUGAGCUCAGGGAUGUGAAAGGCAUUCUAGUUGGCACUGGACAGAAGACAAAUCAUCUCUACCUGCUGAAUGCCAAAGCAGAGCUAGUACAGUCAUCAGGAGACCAAACUCAUCAAGCAGCAGAGCAUUGA